UCAACAUGCAGUGCAACUUCAACGGGACUGUGCUGAUCAGAGUUCUCCCUCCACUGCUGGUGGUGGAGUUUGUUUUGGGAAUCCUUGGAAACGCUUUGGCUCUGUGGAUCUUCUGCUUCCACCUGAGGCCUUGGAAAAGCAGCACGGUGUUAGUCUUCAACCUGGCAAUGGCCGAUUUUCUGCUCAAUCUGGCGUUGCCAUUCCGUACCAGCUACUACAUCUCUGGGAUGAAAUGGAUGUUUGGCAACGCCUUAUGCAACAUUUGCCUCUUCAUGUUGGCUCUGAAUCGCAGUGGAAGCACCUUCUUCCUGAUGGCUAUCGCUGUGGACAGGUACAUGCGUGUGGUGCAUCCCCAUCAUCGCAUCAACUCCCUGAGUGUCUCUAAAGCUGCCAUUGGAGCACUUGGACUGUGGCUGGUGACCUUUUCAAUGACUGCUCACGUCUUCACUUUACAACACGUGAACACGACCUACUGUGAGAGCUUCAUGAUUGAGACCAAGCCCAAAAGUAAUCUGACCUGGCAUAAGUUUGUCUUCCUCUUUUCCUUCUUCAUGCCUCUGCUUGUGAUUCUCUACUGCACAGUGCACAUCAUCAGCCACCUGAGAGGGAGACAACUGGCCCAACAUGCCAAGAUUAAGAAGGCUCUGUUCUUCAUCAUGGUAGUGGUGGUGGUCUUCAUCAUUUGCUUCCUCCCGAGCAACAUCACACAGCUGCUGAUCUGGAUCAAGACACGAGAGUUAACCAACAUCCUCCCUGAACCUGACAUCUGUCCUGCCGUGGAGGAUCUGAACUCUGUAUUUUACAUCACCGUCAGCCUGACUUAUCUGAACAGUGCCAUGGAUCCUGUGAUCUAUUAUUUCUCCAGUCCUGCCUUUAAGAGCAUCGUCAGGAAAGCUCUUCACCUGCCCCAAGCAGACACUGUCGAAAGCACUGAGAUGAAAACUCGAGAAACUGGCUCCCAGUCACUCAGCCAGCUGUGAAGCCAGAGAAAUAUGAGAUGCAGCUUUGCAGUUAAAAUACUGAUUAUGCCGAACUUCAUGAAGUUUCUCAGUAAGUUGUCAUGAAAGCUUAACUGCCUUAGCAAAACAUGGAAAUUACAGGAUAAGAUUAAAAUGCUACAGCAGCAGCAAAAAUGAGGUCAUAAUAUCAGCAAGCUUAGUAAUGUCUGUUAUAGAGCAAUAUCUAGCUAAAGCUGGUUAACUUUAUCUCAUGUUUAGUAACUAGAAGCUACUGGUCACACCAAACUGUGGCAGCAAAACCCCUGAAUAAACAUUUCUUUUGCAAAACUUUUGCUCUUGUAAUUUAUGAACGUAAUAUUUUGUUGCAGCUAAGAAAUGGUUAGCUUUGCUGUUGUGUUAUGAAUUAUUCACAUAUUUGUUUUAAAAGUUUGUCAAGUGUUGAUCAAAGACUGUCUUUUUAAUAGGAAAUAUUAAUAUAUAUGUGUAAAGACAAUUACAGGAACUCUUUGCCCAAAUACUACCUAUGCUUGAAAACUGUAGUUUUAAAAAAUAUAUAUUUUCAAGGUCCAGUAAUUAAAAAUGUGGUCUGUGCUGAAGCCAUUCAAUCAUUAGGAUUUGUUGGAAACAAUUUGUUUACAUAUCAAAUUUUCGGGUCAUGGAAAGUAAAUUCUAGGAGAAACUAAACUUUAGAGAAUUGUGAAUUUCUCAAAAUUCUGCCAAAAUAUUUUGCGGAACUUAGUAGUGGGUUCCAUGUGUGUAUAUAUAUAAAAAACUGACCAAAUGUGUUUUUAGUGGUCAUUGCUA